AUGGCAUCUCCGGCACAGUGCUUCUACUGCUUCGAAAGUCUGGCUGCUUCAUACAAGGACGAGGAACCUCCUAGCCUUGCUGCUACAGAGCGCUUGUACUGGAAUUAUCUACAGUCCGAGCAGCUUGCUGCUGUGGAGGAGAAGGCACUCGCCAUGGAAGAAGACGAUGACGAAGAACCAGACAACAAUACAAACCGUCCAAAAGACAUCAAAUUACCCUCCAUAUCUCGCCUACAACAAGAUAUGUCAUCCGAUUCGUCGAGUACGACUCCUUCAUCGGCUACUUCAUCUCGAUCGAUGCUGUCAGCCUCUACAAAUGUGACUACGCCAGAUGAGGAUUUAAGCUCUCAACCGCCUUUUUCUGCAGACGAAGAAUAUCCAUUAUUUGUGACGUGGAAUUUGAUUUCAAGGCAUGGCCACAGUUCGCUUCGUGGUUGUAUCGGCACAUUUGAGGCACAGAAGCUUUCUCAUGCGUUGCAGGAGUAUGCCCUGAUCUCCAAUUUUGAACCGUGUGCAGAUCCCAUGGACUGGGAACUAGGUACACACGGUUUACGCAUCUCAUUUAUCCAUCGAAAUCGACGGUAUGGCGCCACGUAUCUCCCAGACGUCGCAGUCGAACAAGGAUGGACAAAGGAGGAAACAAUAGAGAGCUUGAUGCGUAAAGCCGGGUGGAGCGGUAGUAAUAGCGGUGGUAGCGGUGUGGCUAGAAGGAUCCUGCGCGGAAGCAAUACUGUUGGCACCAACAGCAAGCCUUGGGAGGAAGUCUCUGACUUUAAGACGACGCGCUAUCAGGGAUUGGGUGCAUCUGCCGACUACAGUGACUGGCAAAAAUGGAGGAAGUGGGUUGAAGCUGAUAAGGCGCGACUGGACUUGCUGUUGGCGUGA